AUGACCAGUAUGGGCGCAGGCAGGCAAGGCAUGCUCAACUUCAGAGUCACGCACCCAGACGUCUUCACACACGGCAUCUGUGGCCGUAAGGACUGCUACCGCGGCUCACCGGCGGCAGCAGACUGCGAGUUCCACGGCAAUGCCGUUCGGGAUAUCAUCAGAUCGCGGCGGGACCAGAGACGGGCACGCUUACAACAACGGUGUCGGACCCACGGCGGCAGCAUCGACAUGACACCGACUGCGGCGACGGCAUCCGCGUCUUCGACGAGCCGGAGCGUCACGCCUCUGAAACGGCAGCCGAGUCAAAGCAGCAGCAUCAGCAAGCCGGAUAGCCCGCUGUCCUUCACCUCGUCUGAGUUCUCGGCCGACUUUUCACCAUGCGUCUCGCCGUUGAUGGAGGAUCUCAUGCUUGAGGUCACGGAUGCGAUUGAGAGCAGCGGCCAGACGCCAGAGCUUCUGGCCAUGUCGCCAAGGCGGACGACGUCGGCGUUCAAUAUGGACGACAUAUUCAGAAUGAUUGACGAGGCUCAGAGGGAGUACGAGAGCCUGAGCGACGCGCCUGUCACACCAGCAAGAAGAAACGAAAUACCCCGCGAGCCACGCUGGAGCUGGGAGAGUCUGCUAGGCCCAUCAUGA